AUGGUUGAUACGGGCAUUUCUCGUAUUCUCAAGAGAAGCCAUAUUGAGGUCUUCAAAAAGUUUGUGAAGUUUAUUGGGCCUGGUAUUAUGGUGAGUGUAGCGUAUAUGGACCCAGGUAAUUAUUCAACAAGUGUGUCAGGUGGUGCGCAAUUUAAGUACAAAUUGCUCUUUAUCACUUUUAUCUCUAAUAUAUUUGCGAUUGUAUUGCAAUGUUUGUGCAUUAAGUUGGGUACUGUCACUGGGCUUGAUCUUGCUGAGAAUUGUAGACGUCACUUUCCAAAACGCUGGAACUACGUUUUGUAUGCAUUUGCUGAGCUUGCGAUCAUCGCGACAGAUUUGGCUGAAGUUAUUGGUGCUGCUGUUGCAUUAAACAUCUUGUUCAACAUUCCUUUAGUUUGGGGUGUGUUGUUGACGAUACUGGAUGUGCUAAUCAUCCUUAUUUUCUACAAGCCGGAUGAACACUCGAUGAAAAAAGUGCGAGCCUUCGAGACUUUUGUUGGUGUCUUAGUUGGAGCGACGGUCAUUUGCUUCGCUAUUGAGCUUUUCAAGAUCACCGUUCCAAGCAAGAUGGAAGUGUUCAAGGGGUUCAUUCCAAGUCCAAUCAUUUUCAAGGAGCAACAAGCUAUGUACAUUUCUUUGGGUAUUCUAGGAGCUACUGUCAUGCCACACUCUCUUUUCUUGGGCUCUUCGGUGGUAAAGCCUCGGGUUCAUGAAUAUGAUUUGAAAAAAUAUGGUAAGAUCAAGGAACAGCCUUCCAUUGGUGCCAUUGAGUAUACCUUGCAGUACUCAUACGCAGAAUUGAUUAUAUCUUUGUUCUUCAUUGCAACUUUUGUGAAUGCAUCAAUCUUAAUAGUGGCAGGUGCUACUUUGUAUGGCCAACCUGAUGCUGAAGACGCUGAUUUGUUAUCUAUCUAUGAGCUAUUGUCGCAAUAUGUUUCGCCAGCAGCAGGUCUCAUUUUUGCAUUAGCCAUGCUCUUUAGUGGUCAAUCUGCUGGUAUUAUUUGUACUAUGGCAGGUCAAAUUGUUUCUGAGGGUUUCUUAAAGUGGUCUUUGGAUCCAUGGCUAACCAGAUUGGUUACAAGAUUAAUUGCUAUAGUGCCAUGUUUUCUUGUGACAAUUUUCUUAGGGGAAAAAGGUGUCUCUGCUAUCUUAAACCUAAGUCAAGUCGUGCUUUCUUUAAUUUUGCCUAUUGUUUCAGCACCAUUAAUUUACUUCACCAUGAACCCUAGCAUUAUGACAGUUACUGAUGUAGAUGUCACUUCUAAUUCCGCAGGUUCUACUGCAGAUUCUUCUGAAGAAACCCAUCUUCUUUCGUCAAAGAAAUCUGAAUCUGUCAAUUACACGAACAGCAAAACUUUGUCUGCAGUGGCUUUCUUGAUCUGGCUCACGAUCGGUACUUUGAACUGUUACUUGGUUUUCUCGUACUUAGCCGGUGCAGAUGUGCAUUUUUAA